UUCGGGGAGGGGGGCAAGGGAAGAGGGAGGGGCGGACGGAGAAGAAGGGGCGGACUCCGAGCGGCAGCGACGCAAGAUGGCGGCGACCACGGGCUCGGGAGUGAAAGUCCCUCGAAAUUUCCGACUGUUGGAAGAACUUGAAGAAGGUCAGAAAGGAGUAGGAGAUGGGACAGUUAGCUGGGGUCUUGAAGAUGAUGAAGAUAUGACACUUACAAGAUGGACAGGAAUGAUUAUUGGGCCUCCAAGAACAAUUUAUGAAAACCGAAUAUACAGCCUUAAAAUAGAGUGUGGACCUAAAUAUCCAGAAGCCCCCCCAUUUGUAAGAUUUGUAACAAAAAUUAAUAUGAAUGGAGUAAAUAGUUCUAAUGGAGUGGUGGACCCAAGAGUUAUAUCCGUGCUAGCAAAAUGGCAGAAUUCAUAUAGCAUCAAAGUGAUUCUGCAAGAACUUCGACGUCUAUUGAUGUCUAAAGAAAAUAUGAAGCUUCCUCAGCCGCCUGAAGGACAGUGUUACAGCAAUUAAUCAAAAAGAAAAAUCUUCCCCCUUUAUUCAGUUUUAAGCUGUCUUCAUUUUCCACAGUAGUAAAUUUUCUAGAUGCAUCUUGUAGACCUCAAAGUACUGGAAAGGAAGUUCCCAUUCAAAGGCGAUUUAUCUUAA